AUGUCGACCUCGACCUCGGCCCCGACCCCGUCCUCGUCCUCGGCGACGCCGCCGACGCCCAUCAUUGUGUGGUGCCACCCGCGCUCGUGCUCGACGGCCUUUGAGCGCGCCCUCAUGCAGCGCUCCGACACCCACGUCUUCCACGAGCCCCUGGGCGACCCCUUCUACUACUCGCAGUCGCGCGCCUGCAACCGCUACGACGACGACACCUGCAGGGCCACCGAGCACUGGAACACGACCCUCGAGAGCGUCACCCGCUCCCUCCUCGUCGCCUCGCCCGACGCCGCAACCCGCCCCGAGUCGCUGGCCCCCAACAAGCAGUGGCCCCCCAAGUACGUCUUCAUCAAGGACAUGGCCCAGUACAUCUUCCCCGCCGACCGCCUGCGCCGCCUCCACCCAGAGUCCAAGGUCUACCCGGCCACCAAGUCCAACUCGGUCCCCUCGACCCCCCAGCUCCACCAGUCGGGCGACUACGACCCGCUCGAGAACCCCACGGUGCUGCCCACCUGGCUCCUCCGCCGCUUCAAGCAUACCUUCCUCAUCCGCACCCCGGAAAAGUCGGUCCCGUCGUACUGGAAGUGCGUCGAGGAAAAGGCGGCCGGCUUCGAGUACUUUGACGGCGCAGAGGCGGGCUACGCCGAGCUGCGCAUCCUCUACGACUGGCUCGCCAACCCCAAGUCGACCUUCAACACCUACUCGGCCUCGCCCGACGACGAGUCGAGCAGGCCGGGAACGCUGCAGCACCAGCCGCUGCCCCCGCCCCUCAUCGACGCAAAGGUCCUCCUCGCCCACCCUGAACACACCGUCUCGCAGUACUGCCACGCCGUCGGCAUCCCCUUUGACAGGCAGAUGCUCAGCUGGGAGUCGGGGCCCGUCGAGGAGUGGAAAAAGUGGGGCACCUACCACAAGGGCGCCGAAAACUCGACGGGAUUCCAGAACCAGGCCCCGGAACCGGCGCAGCAAAACGGCGGCGACAAGAAAAAGCCGCUGCCGAGAGACGUCGAGCAGACCAUCGAGGCGUGCAUGGCCGACUACCAGUACCUCGCCGAGCGGACGACGAUCAAGGAGCCCUAG